UUCUUUUUCAACUCCCAAUAAUCAGUUGCUCCCGGCGUUUUGGCCUUUAGAUCCAUGGUUCUGCGGCGUUGUUUUCUGAAUCCGUCGCGUUUUUACUCUAAACUCAAAGCAGCUUAUUCUAAAACAAAGGCAGAUUCUUCUAACGCCGAGGACUUGUAUACCAUGAACAAGAAGCUUUCUCAUUUAGUACGAAAUGGAAGAAUCCACGAAGCGGAGUCCAUGUUUGAUCAAAUGGGGAAAAGGAACACCGUAACGUGGAAUUCGAUGAUCAGUGGGUACGUGAAACGAAGGGAAAUAACGCAGGCUCGAAAGCUAUUCGACGAAAUGCCUGAAAGAGAUACUGUUUCUUGGAACCUGAUGAUAUCUGGUUAUACUUCAUAUCUGGGGUGCAAAUUUCUCGAGGAAGGUAGAAUGUUGUUCGAAAAAAUGCCCCGCAGAGAUGUGAUAUCAUGGAAUACAAUGAUUAGCGGGUAUGCUAAGAAUGGAAGGAUGCAUGAAGCUAAAGAGAUGUUUGAGAGUAUGCCUGAGAGAAAUGUGGUUUCUUGGAACGCUUUGAUUACCGGAUUUUUCGAUAAUGGUGAUACUUUAAGUGCUACUGAGUAUUUUAAGAGGAUGCCUGAAAGAGAUUCUGCCUCUGUUAAUGCAUUUGUGUCUGGUUUAGUUCGGGAUGGUGAAUUGGACGAAGCUGCCAGGGCUUUGAUUGAAUGUGGGAAUAAAGAUGGUUCGAGUGAAAAUUUGAUUGCUUCUUAUAAUACUUUGAUUGCAGCUUAUGGUCAGAAGGGAAGACUGGAUGAUGCCCGAAGACUAUUUAAUCAAAUCCCAUUUAAGAGUGUCGAAAGCAAAGGGAGAAAUUGGGUGUUUGAAAGAAAUGUGGUGACGUGGAACUCGAUGAUUAUGUGUUAUGUGAAGGUAGGAGAUAUUUUUUCUGCUAGGGAGCUCUUUGAUCAAAUGGUGGAUAGAGAUACUAUUUCUUGGAAUACCAUGAUCAAUGGCUAUGUUCAAAUUCUAGAAAUGAAGGAGGCACUAAAUCUUUUUAAUGUGAUGCCAACACCUGAUAACAUGUCUUGGAAUUCAAUGAUCUCAGGGUAUGCUCAAAUGGGUAACUUAGGACGUGCUCGUGAAUAUUUCGAGAUGAUGCCUCAAAAGCAUUUAGUUUCAUGGAACACCAUGGUAGCGGGGUACGAGAAAAACAAGGAUUAUAAAGGGGCAAUCGAGCUUUUCAAACAAAUGCAAGCUAAAGGUGAAAAACCUGACAGACAUACUUUAUCUUCAGUUCUUAGUGUCACCACUGGGCUUGUGGAUAUGAAAUUAGGUAUGCAGAUUCAUCAGUUGGUUUCAAAGAGUGUAAUUCCUGAUGUACCUAUAAAGAACUCUCUCAUUACAAUGUAUUCUAGAUGCGGGGCACUGAUUGAGUCACGGAUCAUUUUCGAUGAGUUGAAAUCACCAAAAGAUGUAAUCUCUUGGAAUGCAAUAAUCGGAGGAUAUGCAUCUCAUGGUUAUGCUUUAGAGGCUUUAGAAUUCUUUGAAUCAAUGAAGAAGAGUAACGUUCAACCAACUUAUAUCACAUUUAUUUCUGUUUUGAGUGCAUGUACCCAUGCUGGAUUAGUUGAUGAAGGUUGGGCGUAUUUUAAGUCGAUGGUUAGUGAAUAUGGCAUUGAGCCACGCAUCGAACAUUAUGCUUCCCUGGUAGACAAUGUUGCUCGACAUGGCCAACUUGAGGAAGCCAUGUAUUUAAUCAAGAGUAUGCCGUUUGGGCCAGAUAAGGAAAUUUGGGGUGCAUUACUCAGUGCUUGUAGGCUUCAUAAUAAUGCAGAGUUGGCUCGAGUUGCUGCUGAAGCAUUGAUGAGAUUGGAACCUGAAAGCUCAGCGGCAUAUAUAUUGUUGUAUAAUAUGUAUGCUGAAACAGGACAGUGGGAAGCUGCUGCAGAAGUUAGAGAAAUGAUGGAAAGAAAUAAUAUCAGAAAGCAAGCAGCAUUCAGUUUGAUAGAUUCCUCUUAUAGCUGAUUGGAAUAAUACUCCUAUUAAUUGGCCACACCAAAUUUAAUUCACAGCUGUUCAUAGAACUCCAUAUUUG